GAGCGGGAGAUCGACAGGCGGAUUUGUGGCAGGCAGCCUCGGCCCUUCUCCCCUGGAAAAGGAAGAUGAGAAGCUGCAGCAGCGGUCCGACACUGAACCGAGCCAGACUUCCAUGUCGGCGCAGAGGCUGCUGACGGACCGGAGGCCGAGCUCAGUCGCCGAUCACCGGCCCUGAACACGACGCGACCACCGCCGGAGCCGCUGAGCUCGGCAGCCUGUCGGAGCAGCGGGUGGAGCUGCAGCCUGCCGGCCCGUGCCAAGCUGAGCCGAGCACUGCUGAGCCGAGCUUAGCCGAGCCGCUGUCAUCCACCGUCCUGCCAAUGAUGCACAGCGACCUGCAGAACUGAAGCCUCGACUGCACCGCAUCCUAAGACCAGACCCGACCCCCCGUCCUCCUUAUUCAGUUCUGACGUGAGUCUGUUGUCCAGUGUCCCUGCAGGCUGUACAAUGGAGCGCACCGGCAGCAUCCAGCUGGAUAUCCCAGACUUCAGUAACUCGGUCCUGUCGCAUCUGAACCAGCUUCGUGUUCAGGGCCGCCUCUGUGACAUUGUGGUCAACGUUCAGGGCCAGAGCUUCCGUGCACACAAGGUGGUCCUUGCCGCCAGCUCACCGUACUUCCGCGACCACAUGUCUCUGAGCCAGAUGAGCACCGUGUCGCUGACGGUCAUCCGCAACCCGUCGGUGUUCGAGCAGCUGCUGUCCUUCUGCUACACGGGCCGCCUCUGCCUGCAGCUGGCGGACAUCAUCAGCUACCUGACGGCUGCCAGCUUCCUGCAGAUGCAGCACAUCAUCGACCGCUGCACACAGAUCCUGGAGGGCAUCCACCUGAAGAUCAGCCUGGCCGACCUGGACGAGGACUCCAGGGAGGAGGAGGUGGUGCGGGGCUCCAGGAGUAGCAGGACCUUAGAGGCUGUGGUGAGAGGAGGGGGUCAUCACGGUGGUCUGCGGCUGCUGGGAUCGCGGGGCGGUGUUGAGGCGUGUGAGGCGGUCAGCCCGACGGAGGAGCCGCUCAGCCCGCCGCCAGCGGUGGAGCACAGCGGGCUGGAAGGGUCCGGGGCCACCAGCAGCAGAGCGGGCAAAGAGCCGAUCCUCCGCAUCAACCGGGCUGGUCAGUGGUACGUGGAGACGAGCAACGAGCCAGAGCGGACCGGCAGCGCUGAGGAGGGUGCGGGGAUGGACGGAGUCAGGAUCAAGACGGAGAGGAUGGAGGAGUGGAUCGGAGCUGGGGAGCACCAGGAGGAAGGGGGCCCGGUGGAGGAGGGGGCCACCGUGAUGAUCGACACGUCAGGACGCAGCACCCUGGUGACGGGGCCGCUGGGGGCCCGCAGCGUCCAGCCAUCAUCCAGCUUCAGCGAGACAGACAGGUUCAGCCCCACCGGCAGCGUGGUCGUCCUCACGGAGCGCCAGAGAGCGAAGAGUGAGUCUCCGAGCAGGGCGGACGAGCUGCGACAGCCGAGCUCACAGGGUGAAGAGCAUGCUACGUUUGAUAUGGGCGGCUACGAGGAAUACCUGAGGGAGCAGGUAGGAGACCGCUGGUUCCGCUACAACCCCCGGCUCACCUGCAUUUACUGCUGCAAGUCCUUCAACCAGAAAGGCAGCCUGGACCGCCACAUGCGUCUGCACAUGGGCAUCACGCCGUUUGUCUGCCGCAUCUGUGGGAAGAAGUACACCCGCAAAGACCAGCUGGAGUAUCACAUCCGCAAGCACACCGGCAACAAGCCCUUCCACUGCCACGUCUGCGGAAAGAGCUUCCCCUUCCAGGCCAUCCUCAACCAACACUUCCGCAAGAACCACCCAGGCUGCGCCCCCCAAGAGGCCCACAGCGCCUCCCCCGAGACCACCACCGCCUCCGUCACGUCCAGAGGAGGACCGAGCGAUGAGGCUUCCCCGAGCCAGGAGGAGCCUGAAGUCGGAGGAGGUGGGAGCGGCAGCAGCGGAGGCCAGUACGGGGAGGGUCCACAAGCCUCGGUUUCCACCACAGGGCCCGACUGACCUCAGUGGAGGGAGGGAGGAGAGUAGUGUUGAGGUCAGGGUGGAGGGCGACAGACCCCAAGGGCCAGUCUCAUCCUGUUGUACCAGAAACUAAGAGGAUGCUGAACCUCCUGAAGUCAACAGACACCUCAGAGUCCAAACUGAGAUUUUUCCGCUUUAAACCGCAUCUACCUUCACUAACCAAACAACAGAUUAAGCUAAAAUGAAGAAAUGCCACACACUCCAACAACCUCAUACACCACACCGUUCAGUGGUUCUCGUUUGCCUCCGUCUCCUUUAUGUUACAGAUUUCUACUUUUAUAUUAACAGGUUCACAACGCAGCAUCGCAGUCCGUGUGGCGGAGACUUUGCCAAACUACUCAGUGCCAGUUUAACACUUCAAAUCCUUUUUAUUUGCCUUGAGACAAUCUAGAGCUUAAUAAUAACAAUAAUAAUAACCUUUUGGGCUGUUUAAGUGCCACAAUGGUGAAGAUCUUCUUGCACAAAAGGUUUGGUGAGAAACUCAAACUGUAAAAGUUGAGUUCCGGUGUGAUUGGGGUUUCAGAUUUGUUUGUAUUUUCAGUCAUUUCUGACAUUUGGAGACAGAUAGUCUCAUAAAUCACAUUUUCACACUACAUUCCUCAUCGUAGAUGAAAACUGCAGCAACAGUUUUACAAAUAUGACCUUUGACUCGCUUCACAUGCAGGUUUAGGUUGGAGGCAGGUAAUAGCAGGUUUGAGUUCAGUUGAUUUCAAAUAUCUUUAACUGGGAUAUAAUACUUUAAAUAUAUCCAGUUAUCAAUUUAGUUAAUUUCAAUCAAUCCAUUCAAUUUAAUUUAUUGGUUCAUAAUUUGGUCUUAAUAUCUAAAAAAGUCUUGUCAAGGCACUUGUCCAAAAUAUUUAAUUAAAUGGAACAAAUUUUCUCAUCAUUGCAAUUUUAUGUCAACUGACUUAAAAGUUUCAUCCAUACUAGGUACAAUUUUCUUCAACUUUUUAAACUAAUUUGCUAAAUAAAAUCUAAAUGACUGUUUCCAGUUAUAAUAACUGUUAUGGAAAUUAAAGGAACUGGUUUGUUCUUGAGCAGCUGGUGGCGCUAAUGCUCCAGUUAGGUUUGAACUGCACUUGAUUGUAGUCUUUUAUUUAUUUAUUUAGAUUUUCUUCAGCAUGUUUUUAAUCCAUUAAAGCAAAAAAAAAAAAAAAACAAAUUCAGGGAGAUCAAAAGAGAAAGAAAUGGAAAUUGAUAGCAGAGUUGCAGCUUGAGCCAUAAAUGAUUUGUAAGUUGACAUAAAAAAAAGUCUUUAAUAACUUUUAAAAAGCUUAAAUUGUGACAGAAUACGUGCAUUUUAUUUUAUUUGUCAUGUUUUUAAUAUAGCUGUUAUUUGGAAGAUUUCAGACUGUCUUAAACAGGAUAUUUGAGGUUUAGAAGAACACCAAUCACACUGGUUCAGUUAAUUUGACUGUUAAAUCUGUAUAACUUUUUCAUAUUAACGUUUGAGUAUUGUGGCAGUUAAAUUUUUAAGGAUUUUGUAGAUUAGACUGGAACAUCUGACAGGGCGUUGACCAAACCAACUCACAGCUGGACCUCAUCCAGCCUCAGAUAAGCUACACAGCUCAGUUACCUCUCAUCACUACGCAAUACAGCUGCAUCACAGCACACCGCCACCAGGGGGCGCUCUGACCCACUCAAACAGAGAUCUCCGUCAGUCUUCUCAGAUAUUUUUUAUAAACAAGUCUUUUAUUUUUUUGGUUUAUUUUUUUUUUCUUUGGUUUAGUUUUUUGCGUACAGUUUGUUACUCAAACGAGUGUGAUGGAAAACAAAAGCUAAAGGAAGACAGUGUCCAGACUCAUUCAGAAAUCCCUGUCACAGCUAAUAAUGCAUCAGAUUUACUGCACUCUACUCCAAGUCUCUUAGUUUUGGAUUGAAGCUGAAGAAUAAGUGAAUCAUGAACAACAACUUUCAGUUUAGCCAGCCAUAUAUUACUGGUAGUACUGUUUAUGCAGCCACAUCAUUAAAAAAACAUGCUAAAUACUGUGAAGAUAUAUUGCAAUGUCUUGGGCUGCAGAUCCAGUGGGUUUCAUGGUGGAUUAUUCAUGUGCAGCACGAAUGCUCCAUGGGAUUUGGAUUUGGAUAGUUGUGAAAAUGGACCAAUAGAGUGGCUCAUAAAAACAUAUAUUUGGAAGUAUUUUAGGCUUAGGCUAUUAAUGAGCAGAUAUUGCAUUCAGUGAUGUAAUUGGAUUACUCCUAGUAGGUCCAUAAAUGUUCUCAAUUUCUUCUCAAUUUUAACUAAACAACUAAAUCCAGACAACAAUGGCUUUAAAUGGAGGAAAUGAAAAAACAUUCCUUAUUAGAUGUUGUUCCCUUCACCUCCACACAAUACAAGCUAUCUUCAUGUUAUCAGUGGAAAAUUAAAUAAAUACAAUGAAAAAUACUUGUAAUGUUGUAGUUUAAAAAAAAUCAAAACAAUAUUUUAUUAAAAUAUGGUUUAACUCUAAUAAACUAAAUAAUGCAGAGAAUCUCAAAUCUUGCUGGCCAAACUAGCAGACUAGUAAGUGCUAGCUAACUGGUCAAUUAGCUUUGAGCUAAAUUACUAGCCAGUUGAUAUUUAGCAUAAUUGACUAAAUACCCAUUUAGCUUCUAGCUUAAUUGGCUAAUUAGCCAAUUAGCCCCUCACUUAAUUGUCUACCUAGCCAGCUUCCUAGCUAACUACCUAAUUAACUAUUAGUUAAUAAGCUAGAAACAUAUUUUCUGAAAUGCCUUUUAUCUUCAUUUUUAUCUCUAUUAAUUUCUGUUAACCAGCCGGUUGGAUAGUUAGCUAACUAGUUUUAGCUAGCAGCGGUUUAAUUUUUCCUGUAUUUUUCUAAACAGUCUUUUUUUGUUUCCUUUUUUCUUCUUUUUAACAUCAGGAUAGCUCGUAGUCCACUAAACCUUUUGUCAUUAACUGAUGCUAACAAGUAUGCUUAAAAAUACAUUUAAGGAGAAUCUAGAUUACAGAACAAGUGGGGCUCAGCAUAUUUAGUAUAUUUUAUGGUAAAUAAGGAAUUAUUUUCAACACCACUUGAUAAAUAAAACAUGAAAUUUGUAAUAACUGAGAUCUAAGAUGGAGUGCAGUACAGAUGGUGCUUCAUUGUUGUGGGUGAUCUGGGUUUUACGUUGAUAAAGCAACAGGCCAAGAAGCCAGACCCUGUCAGACCAGAUGGAUGUAGUAGCCAGGCCAUGGAGCUGGACUUUGGAGAAAAAACAAACAAAACCUCCAAAGGUUGAAGUUCACCUGUUUGAUGACGGGAGCAGGUCGGACCACCUGGCAACCAAAGGACAAAUGGCGUGGCCAUGUAGGCCCCUCAUAAACGCCACGAUUACUUCAGCACUUAACAGCAGGAGAGACGGGGUCAAAAAUGUUUUAUAAAAACAGAACAAUGACAAAUCUACAUAUAUUAUCAGAUAUUUAAACUACUAAGAUUUUGGGGAUUUUUUUUUGGCAUAUGGAAAAUGUAAAUGAUUGAGGAGUGGAUGGAGGAUUUGCAGGUAGCACACGGAUCGGCUGUUACUGUUUUCUAAAGGACUGUGAAUCAGAUUCUCAGUGGAUGGCAAAUGUUUUUAUGCAAGUGAAGGCAGCGGCUCUGUCCUCGCUCCAAGUGACUCAAAAUUUUCAACUCAGAUCCCACUGCAAGAGCCGCCGCUACACUCAUAUUUCAGGCUUAACCAGGAUCUAUCAGGUAUACAGACUCUUCUUUUAUUAAGUCAAGUGGAUGUUUUCCUUCCCCUACGUAGCAGAACGUUAACGGUAAACCUCAGUGCAGUUUGCACGCUGCAGAAAUAACACUUACCUGUAAAUAAACAAGCAGCAGGUUACAAAAAAUCUCAGAGUGACUAAGGAUGACUAAAAACAUACAAACCCGGGCUGGGCAAUAUAGAACAAAACAUUUGUAAUCCCAAAAACCACAACACCUCUAAAGUGUACUGCAGCCACAAUAAAUGUGGGUCUCAGUUGAACCCCUGUCACAGUUUUGGAUACUUCAUGUAUAAUGUAAUCUUAACCUGCACCUUGCAUUUAAUUUUUGUACACAAUGACACAUAGUUAAUUAUUGCACACACAUCACAGUAUCACAUUAAUUUUCACCUCAAGUUAAAUGCCUCAGACUGAAAAGUGACUUUUAGCUGAACUUUCUAAGAAACUUGGAAGUAAUUGAAAACACUUUCUGGAAGAAAAUGUAUUUUGUUACUAAUAGACUAAAUCAGCUCCUGGUGCAAUAUAAAUAAUCCAGAACCAGCUUUGAGCCAGUCUAAACUGGUCACCACUGGCUCGUAAACCCCGUUUCCCACACGGGAUCUGGUUCAGUACAGGUCGGUAUGCUUUUUUAUUUUACAUUGACCCAGCCCACUUUUUGGGCACCUUCUGCUGGAGUCCAAAUCUUACUGACCCCACGCACCAGGAUGGAGCUUGAUGCGCUGCAAUCCGUUGAUUGUUGGAAAGAAUCAUCAUUCCUUUUUUUGAGAACAAAGCGGGAACAGCUCCAUGUUUAAAUAUACGGUGGAUUUUUUCUUGUUGUUGCCAAGAAGAAAGAAGACACACUGCUGGAUGUCCACCAUUCCCCUCCUUUGUUUCUUUCUUAUUAACAUUAAAGGAAGAGCCACUAUUACAUGAUGCUGAUUCAUAGCUGUCGAAACGCAACAGAGAUCAGGAUUUACCGAACCAAACCGACCCGUACCGAUCCAAACCUGCUGGUGGAAACAGGGCUUACUGCCUGGUCCUACGAAAUUCUAAGGCAACAUCUAGUUUCCUUAUAAAGCUUUUUCCUUAAAGAUGGAAUAUGUGUGCCCACAUAAAACCAUUGAAAAUGCUGUAGUACAUAUCCCAGGCCCAUAAGUGGUGCCGGAAAACGUUUUCAGAUUCAUUCACGUUGGUGUCCAGUUU